CUCCACUAAUAUGUCCAAUUCCUCCAUGAAUGUCCUCCAUAUAGAGUCCAAACCUUUAGUCUCAAAGAGUCAUAAUUUAGAGAAUUGCCUAGCAGAUGGUUCUGUUAUAGAUAGUGUAUCAGUAGAGUCAGUACAAUCAAGUAAACGAACAAAAGCAAAGAGAUCCAAAUCUGUUCAAAUAUCAAACUCACCUGUUAUUUCAGAGGACUCAACAGAAAAAAUAGAUGCAGAGGCAGUUGCUCAUCUUAGACAUGCUAUAGAAGGAGGUAAGAGAAAUUUAACAAAUUCGGGUAAUAAAAUCGAUGAGAUAUAG